AUGGCGACGGCUCCGCUGUAUUGCGUCUGCCGGCAGCCAUACGAUGUGAGCCGGUUUAUGAUAGAAUGCGAUAUUUGUAAGGAUUGGUUUCAUGGCAGCUGUGUUCAGGUUGAGGAGCACCACGCUGUGGACAUUGAUGUCUAUCACUGUCCCAACUGUGAAGUGGCGCAUGGACCCUCCUUGAUGAAGAAGAGGAACAACUGGCACAGGCACGACUACACAGAGGCGGACGAUGGUGGCAGGCCAGUGCAGGCGGGAACGCGCGUCUUCGUGCGGGAGCUGCAGGACAAGGCCUUUGCCAGUGCGGAGGAGAUCCUGCUGUGGAUGCAGGGGAGCCAGGUCACGCAGCGCUACCUGGAGCGCCACGGCUUCCGUUACCCCAUCGGCGUGGCCCACGCGGAGGGUCUCGGCCUCCGCCUGCCCCCGUCCCACUUCUCUGUCAAGGACGUGGAGCGAUACGUCGGUGGAGACAAGAUGAUUGAUGUCAUCGACGUGGCCAGACAAGCAGACAGCAAGAUGAAGCUAAAGGAGUUUGUCAAGUAUUACUACAGUCCCCAGCGGCCUAAGGUGCUCAACGUCAUCAGCCUCGAGUUCUCCGACACCAAGAUGUCUGAGCUGGUGGUGGUGCCAGACAUCGCCCAGAAGAUGUCCUGGGUGGAGAACUACUGGCCUGACGACUCCUACUUCCCCAAACCCUUUGUACAAAAGUACUGCCUGAUGAGCGUCAAGGACAGCUACACGGACUUUCACGUCGACUUCGGCGGGACGUCGGUGUGGUACCAUGUGCUGUGGGGGGAGAAGGUGUUUUACUUGAUCAAGCCGACGCCCGCCAACCUGGCACUGUACGAGGAGUGGAGCUCGUCCCCUAACCAGAGUGAGGUGUUCUUCGGGGAGAAAGUGGACACGUGCUACAAGUUUGUGGUUCGUCAGGGAACCACCCUUCUCCUCCCCACAGGAUGGAUCCACGCAGUUCUUACUGCUCAGGACUGCAUGGCAUUCGGAGGGAAUUUCCUUCAUAACCUUAACAUUGGCAUGCAGCUCAGGUGUUAUGAGAUGGAACGGAGAUUAAAGACUCCUGACCUCUUCAAGUUUCCUUAUUUUGAGGCUAUAUGCUGGUAUGUGGCUAAAAACCUGCUGGAGACCCUCAAAGAACUGCGGGAAGAUAACUGUCUGCCUCCAGACUACCUGAUAAAGGGAGUUAAGGCUUUAAUUAGCGCACUGAAGAGCUGGCUGAGGAGAGAGGUCACGGAGCCAAGCAGCGAGGUCCCUGACCAUAUAAGACCCAACCAUCUCAUUAAGGAGCUCACCAAGGAAAUACGCUAUUUAGAGGAGGAUCAGAGUGCGAGUAGCGGAAGCAAGCUAAUGAAACCUCAGGGAAACUCGGUGUGUCCGUCCACGAGGUCAUCACAGGAUCAAGCCUCCCAGGCCCGCAGAAACGCCAGACGACUACGGCACCACCACCGGCACCACCGGCACCACCACACACCCGAGGCUCCUUCCAUCCUGGACAUCUUUGAGCAACACACACAGGAGGUUCUGAAGAGACUAGAGAUGGGCCCCUUUGAGGAUGACUCCUCCUUCAGCCUGCAGUUGAAUGGCAAAUUCAACAAGGCAUCCACGGCCUCCGCCGCCGCCGAGAAGAGCCUGGACAACCACCUGCGUCUGGUGCUGUGUAAUGGGCGCAUCAUCAGGGACGAGAGGUGGCACAUCCGAGCAAAGAACAUGGCGGAAGGCAUUCACAAGCAGAGCAGCUCCCUUGCAAAGGAUAGGAGCGAAGACGAGAAGCAGGAGCAGGUGGAGCAGAGCUGUGCAGCAGGACUUCAGAACCCCACGCUUCUUCCAGAGCUUUGUCAGAGGGAGGGCUCAGAGCUCCAGAGCGGAGAAGCAGGACCAUCCGGUUCCUCGUCUGACUCUGAGGCUGAUGAGGACUGCAUCCGACAGAAAAAGCAGUCGACCUCUGGAGAAGAUUCUGAGAGCUCAUCGAGGGAGGAAGAUGAGGAGGACAUGCUGAGGAAGAAGGAUGUCUCUCCCAAGAGGAUGACCACGUGCAGCUCCAGCGACCCAGCAGACUUCGGGCAUGCCGGCCAGCGACUUGGACACCACAGCAAACUUCUUAAAAGAGACCCUUCUACCUCACCGAGCACAGAAGAGGAUGCUAUUCAGGGCAUGCUGUCCAUGGCAGGCCUGCUGUACCCUCCUCUGUCAGAGGAGGGUGCCAGCUCCCAGGAGUCUUGGUGGUCCUGUGCCACCCAGCCAUCCACUGACUACAGUGGGAAGGAGCCUGCAUCAGGGGAAGAGAACCCGGAUUCAGACAGCAACUCCACAAUCAGCAGUCAGGAGGAGAGGCGGGUGCCAAGGCAACAGCGUAGGGAGGGCGGGGCCAAGCUGGACCACAGACCCCAGGAGAACCCUAGCUUCACAGACAGCCAAGGCAGCAGCAGCAGUGAGGCCUGGGCUAGCCACGCCCCCUCACCAGGAUGUGGGGAGAACCACACCCCCUCAGACUAUCAGUACUGUGAGACCUCUCUGUCCCCACCCCUGCACCCCUGCAAAAGGCCAGCCCCCAACCCUCCACCAAUCAGCAACCAGGCCACCAAAGGGAAACGUCCGAAGAAAGGCAUGGCCACGGCUAAGCAAAGGCUGGGGAAGAUUCUCAAACUCAACAGACAUAAACCAUUUUUUGUUUAGUAUUGAAGGUGAUUUUCAACCUGUGUGACUGCUAGACAAACAGAACUUCUAUAUCUUGCCCACAUUCAUUUGUGUGUGAUGGGUCACAGGGUAUUUUUUUUAAAAAGCACAGUCCUACACACUGAAUGUGUCAGAAGUAAAUGGUUAUGGGAACACAGUCAACAGCAAGUAGCAGAGGAUAUUAAAGUCUAUUUCUGCAUUUCACUUAGCAGAACCCAUGGGUAUUGCGUUUAGUACUGGAAAGACCUUCACUUGUGGAAUCCAGCAUUUCAGCUCAAAGGUGUUGCGAAACCUCAGGACCAUUGAAGAGGAGAUUCCAAUGAAUGUCUUGGAUCACAAUGUUGUGUUUUUCUUCUUGCCAUCCUUCCUAGAGGAAAGCACACAAGAAGAGGGGCAUUUUUUCCACCCAAGUGUAGUAUGUCGAAAAACGGCAUCCUGCUUUCUGUGACUAACUUCUUGGAUCUUCCUUUUGAAGCUGUUAGUCAAAAUUAAAUUAAUUAAUUAAAAAACAGAUGAAAUGACUUUCUAAAAUGGUGCUGACUUGCAUCUGCAGUGCUACCGAUCCACAAGGCCAAGCGUGACGGGAGGGACGAGCCUCAUAGCCCUCGUCUUCCUCAUCCCUCCUCCUCCUUAAUUACGCUAGUUGAGGAAAUACCAUGUAGGAGAAUGUGACUCAAACUGACUCAAACUAAAUGACCAUUUGUAUACAGUGCGGAGACAGAAGCAGGUUCCAAUCAGCGGAUCAAGUUCUGUCAUUAAUGAAAAACUUAUUUUUGUUAGAAUUUUAUACCCCUGAACUCCCAUUUGAAAAUCACGUUUGCGUUAAAUGGAGGGAAUGCGAGAUCGGAAGGUAGUUCUCUCCCGCCUUCUAGUGGGCAAAGAAAUAUAGACACGAUGUGCAAAAGUGUCCUGUGCAUACGGAGAUGUGUGGAAAGAUCUUUUCCUCUUAAUUUAUUCCAGUUUUUACACUUUUGGUGCUUGUUUUUCACUGUUGUAUUUGUUACUUUUGUUGUUUUAAAUGUGUAUUUAUUGCUGAGUGUUCAAUUAUUUUAAUGUGAACUUUUUAACUUUGUUUUAUGCGUUCCUUUGUGCAUACACACUGAUCUAAGAGGACCAGUGUUGGAAACAUUGCAGCAACAUAAAUUGGAUUUUUACAUUGAGUUUAUACAUUUUUUUGUUUUGUUUGUUUGUUUUUUAAAAUUUCCUUUAUAUACUCCAACCUGGGGAAAUGAAUGAGUCAAAUAUCUUUUGAUUUUGUCACCUAAACUGCAAGUAUGCCAGUAUGGGGCCAUUGCAUUAGCAUUUUCAUGCUGGUGUUAUGCAAAUUUCUACUCUGCCCCAUCACAGAACUCGUGAGGCAAGCAAACAUCAUUUUAAACAGUAGUUCCUUUUAAGUAGAGUUAAGACUCUACUUAAGUAGAGUUAAGACUGCUGUUGAAUACAUUACAUCAGACCUUCUUUUAAAUGCUUCAAACAUUUACUCUUUGGAAUUGUUUGCAGCAAUGUAAUUUUAACUCCAAACCCCGUACAGGUUUUGCAGCCUCGUUAUUCUUAACUGAAACACUGAAUUGGUGAGUAUUGUAAAAUAAUAAGAAUGAUCUCUUUUCCAUUAUGGAUAGAUGUCGAUGGGGAGGAGGCCUUUGACUCUCUGUGUUGGUGUGUUUGGCUACUCAUCUUUUUACAAAGAAUUGAGAGAGUAUUUAUUUUUCUAAGAUGAGUCUUAAUCCAUGUAGAGAGACAAUUUGAAGCUGUAACAGUGUAUGGGUUUUUGUUUGGUUUUUUUUUUUAGUUAUAGUUAUGACUUCUUAUGAGACACCGAAUGCCGUGUGUGUGAGACUUGCUCUGGUUCUAUUUAGUCUGAACAACCUCAGGUAAUCAUCAGACCAGAGUUUAAGGAUUUGGUCCCUUUGAAUGCCAAAUAAUGUGAUUAUUUUAAUUGUGAAUUUCAAGUCCAGUUGCUUCAAUUGCAGUGUGCCUCAGGAAGCCAUACCCAGCCCUCAAAAUGUCACAGAUCCCAGCAACAAGUGAGCCAGGGAUAUUGUGAUAUUCUCUGCAUUCAGGUUAAUUUUACAAUACAUAUCCACACAAACAAUAGUACCGUCUUCCCAUUCUUGCUAUUUCACAAUCAGUGUUACUUGAGAGCAUCUCCUUUGAUCCAAGCAAACCUUUUUUCAAAACAUAUUAGGAAACUAAAAGCAGUAACUUCUUCAGGCAAUAAAACACUCUUCUUGCAGGUUUCCAGACACUUCUGUUUUUUUCGGUUUUUGUGGCAGAUGGAGCUGUUUUUCAAAUCUUAAUGGGAUACAACAAUAACUACUCAGGACAGACAGCUUUUGGUAUUUAUUAUUUGUAAGUACUUGGAAACCUAUAUACUUUGGUUAACCCAAACGUUUGAAGGGCAACUAUUCCUGCAGUUCAGGGCGAGUUUCAAUGUUUUUAUUUUAGUGUUUGAGUUUCCCUACUGAGUUAUUAGCUAAAUAUCAACUUGUUCUUUUUGUCUGCUACCUGCCAAAUUGUAUUGCACUAAUUUUAAUCUGUCAAACUUUUUUCACGCAGCCUUGAAAUUAUCUUUUGAACAAAGUUCACCUAAGACCCCAAGGUCCUUUCAUUUAAAAUGGAGUUACCCAACCCUGCUUAGGGAGAUCAAUGCAGCUGGAGAAUUUAGGUCCAACGUUAACACACCUACCUAUAGUCCUCCUGAAGACUUGGAUUACUGGGAUUGUGUGCAUUAGAUCGCGGCUAUACUGCCAAGAGGGAAUUCUCUAGGAGUAGCGUCAGUUACCUCCGGAUUAAAACCCUAGUCAUAAGCUGCCAAAAACCCUCCAAGCCUAACAAGGAGUCUUGGGACAAUGUUUGCAACAAUUUCUUGUUGGAGCUUUAAUGUCAUGUCUGCUUUACAUGUUCUUUACAGACUUACGUAUAUUAUGGUGCUAUGAUGCUAAUUUGACCAGUUAUCUGGCCAAAGUGCAUAUUAUACUGCUGGAAUGAUGUUACUCAAAAUCUUUUAAUUGUUUUGUUUGAUGGUUGGAGAUGUGCAUUAUUUUUCAAAAUUCUGCACUAACCAAGCUCUGCAUAGCAGUGUUCCAUACACUACACUGUUCUGCUGUACUUCUUAAGCCUCUCCGCAUACUUUGUAAUAUGUUGAUAGCGUUACUGGCCUGCAGGCAGGGUUUUGUAGCUUGCAGUACAUUUUACUUGUACAGUAUUUAUUUGGCAUUCUUUAUUCUAUCUUUCCUUUUUGUCCUGGUCAGUUUUACACCGAAUGGAAAUGGUCAAAGUGUGUACUUUUCAUAGUUUCAAUGCUAUAAAAAAGUUUUGGGGUUUUUUUUUUUGGUUUUUUUGUUAUGUAAUUUGUCAAAUAUUUGUCGCACUGUAUUAAAUUGCAUUGUAUCUUUUGGAUCUUUGAAAAAUUCAGUUGUACAAUGUGGCCUGUAUAUAUUAAAAGA